AUGAACUCAACAUCGGUGAGCGGCGCAGCAACUGUGGCCAAUAUUGCCUACUGUUAUGUACUGCCAGUGGUGUGCGCGGUGGGAAUUAUAGGCAAUAUCACCAAUUUAAUUGUAUUGGCUAGUCGUCGACUGCGAGCUGUUUCUUAUAUGUACCUUAGAGCGUUGGCAGUAGCGGACUUGUUAUGCAUGAUAUUUGUGUUGGUAUUCGUCACAACAGAGAUCCUCACAAAGAAUGGCUCACCAAUAAAUCAGUACAAAUUGUACCAAAUCUACCAAUGCCACUUCAUGCUCACACUUAUAAACUGGGCACUUGGAGCUGGUGUAUACGUUGUGGUGGCGCUAUCACUGGAACGAUAUAUUUCUAUCGUAUUUCCUAUGCAAUUUCGUGCAUGGAAUUCACCGAAACGUGCAUUGAACGCAAUUAUUGUUGCCUUUACUGUACCUGCACUAUUGUACGUGCCAUAUGCAAUCACACGAUACAAAAGCAUCGAAAAAUGGGAUGAAAAUGUUAACGCUAUCAUAUACAGAAUUGAUGAUCAUCAAGUGUACAGGACCGUUUCGUGGCAGAUCUACAAAUGGACACGAGAAACUAUUCUGAGGUUUCUGCCGAUCAUAGUACUAUCCAUUCUCAAUAUUCAAAUCAUCAUCGCCUUUCGAAAACGUCAGAAAAUGUUUCAACAGCUGACGAAAAGAAAGGAACAGGGAGCUCACAAGGAUGACACUUUAAUGUACAUGUUGGGUGGAACAGUGUUCAUGUCGCUGCUUUGCAACAUCCCAGCCGCAAUUAAUCUAUUGCUCAUUGAUGAGGCACUCAAGCGACGCCUUGACUACCAAAUAUUCCGAGCUGUGGCGAAUAUUCUUGAGAUUACUAAUCAUGCCUCACAAUUUUAUGUGUUCUGCGCAUGUUCGACGGACUAUAGAAUUACAUUUCUGCAGAAAUUUCCAUGCUUGAAGAAAACCUACAAUAAUCGGUCACGACUGCAUGAUCGAUCCGCAUCCGGCCAAUUCUUCAAUCUGUUGUUCCACUUGAACCCGAGACAAUCGAUGUACAUCUGGCAUCGGCGGAAGACAGCCUCAGUGAUGGAAAAGAAUCGGAUUCGU